AUGGCUGGUCAUGGAAACACCUUUUUCGAUGAGCAGUCCGGCCACUGGGACGACAAACCAUUGCAUCGCGAAAUGGCCGCUAAGGCCGUGGAGCACCUUCUAGCCAAUGUUCCCGUAAAGGAAGGCACGACCGUUCUGGAAGUUGGCAGCGGUACUGGGCUUUGCUCCGAGAUGCUCGCGGCGAAAGGCGUCAAAGUUGUCGGUGUAGACACGUCCAUCGGCAUGGUGAAUGCGUUUAAUGCCAAGGCGGAGAAGCUCGGUCUGGCCGACAAAAUGAAGUCCGUUCAGAUCAUGCUUACCUCGGACAAGACCCCUCAACAGCAGCUUGGGGACCUGCUACCAGCAGAGGGAUUUGAUGUUGCCUUCUCCCAUCUCACCUUCCACCAUGUCCCAAGUAUUCCUGAAACUCUUCUUGCCGUGAUGAGCUGCCUGAAGGAGCACAUGGGGGUUGUCGCCAUUUCAGACUUCGAAGCAGAACCCCAUGCAGCCGAAUUUCACCCCUCCAACAUCCAUGCUGAGGUGGAGAAGCACGGGCUGGAUGUGGGGGAGCUGGAAAGGGAUAUGAAAGCAGCAGGUCUACAAGAAGUGAAGGUGCUGCGGCCAUUCAAGAUUGACAAGGAGGUGGAGAGUGGCGGGUCCAAGAAGUUCCAGUUUAUUCUUGGAUUGGGCACACGCCCUUGA